AUGACAAAGCCAGCCCAUGAUCACCAGGCUCAGUUCCUGCGGCUGAUUGCGCGCAUUACUGGUGUGGCCACAGGUAGACCAGUCGCAAAUCGGCGUAUUCUGGUCAUCACAGACUACCUGCCGCCACAGACACACGGUAUUGCCAUCCGCUGCCAUGCCUACGUGAAGGAGAUGAGAGCCAAGGGCCAUGAGGUGAUUGUCUUCAGCACAGCCUACGAAGCCAACAAAGAGACCUCCUUUGACCAUCCCAACAUCCCGGCGGUGGUGAAUCCCUUCAACAUGAAAAACCGCAUCGGCUACAACCCCGGAGUGAAGUUGGCAUGGUUCCUGGGUGCCCAUACAUGGGAUGUCGUCCACUUGGUCUAUCCCUCCCUCAUUGGCACCUUCGUGUUGACGGUGUGUGCAUGGCGGAGAAUUCCAGUCUAUUGUUCUCACCACGUUGAGAUGAACAUGUUUGCCUACAAGCUUGUCCCAAUCAGGUGGGUGGCGACCUUUGGCCUGAAGAUGUACGACCUGCUUGGUCUUGCACCUGCUGUGAAGUGGGGUACGCUGAAUGCUGCGCCCACGCUUUGCUUCGCUCGAGAUCACUUGGGCAAGGAGAAUGAGGCUAAGCUGAGAAGGGUGCCUUCCGGCACCCACGACAUUUUCACGGCCACGCCAAAGAGUGAGACGGAGCGCAAAGACGUGCGCUUGGCCAAGUUUGGAGUCGACAGCGAGGAUGACAAGGUGAUCCUCAUGGUGCAGCGGCUUUCGGCAGAGAAGGGCACAGAACGAGUCUUCAAGGCCUUGCUGCCCAAGGAGGAGGGUGGCCAAGGUGUCAAGGGCGUGCUGGCCGUCGCCGGUGAUGGUCCGGCGAAGGAUGCGGAAGAACCCGGUCAGAAGAACCCACUCAAGGAGCUUCCCGCGCUGUAUCGAUCUGCAGAUCUUUUUGUGACCAUGAGUCUCUCGGAGACUUUCGGUCUUACUUCUUUGGAGGCCAUGAUGUGCGGUUGUCCAGCUGUGAUGCCAUUCUGCUCGGUGUUUGACGAGAUUUGGACAGACAAAACACCCAAGGAGUGGCACUACAACAUUGAAUCUCCCGAGGAGUUAGCCACCUCCAUCGCCGCGGCUCAAAAAAAUGGUCGAAAAUAUCUUCAAGAGCAUCCAGUUCAUAUGACCUGGCGCGAUGCUGCUGAAGACUUGCUCCAGCAGUGCCCAUGUCAGUUGGGAUGA